AUUCAGCCUUGGUCUGCAUAUAGCUCGCAAGCGGGGUGCUGCUAGAAGCGCAGUUGUGGAGAGGAAGAACCUACUCACAGUCUGCAGAUUAGAGAGCCUAAUCAAUAAAUCCAUCAAAUCUAUUUUAUAAAGCCCUUUUUACAUCAGAAGUUGUCACAAAGUGCUUAUAUAGACAACCAUACUGAAGACCCAAAUGCAAGCAACAACACAAAAUGGAUGCACAGCGGAGAGGAACAUUCUUUAGUACGGGUCUGAACCUAGGAAGAAACCUAGAGAAGAGCCAGUCCUCUUCUGGCUGUGCUGGGUGAAGAUUAUAAGAGUAAAUUAUCUUUUUGAGCCAUGUCAAUGUUUUUGCAUGUUCAGCUGACCAGAGUCGGUGAGUCAAUAAAUGCAGGUGGGCGAUAGGUGGUGUCCAGGGUCUUUUGGUAGAAUUCAGAUCAGCUGUACAACCAGGUGGACAAGAACAGGGAUGGCUGUAGGUUUUCUCUCCAACCUCAUUUUUGACUAACUCAAGUUAAGCUUUUUACCAGCUAAUUAUUAUAAUCAGGUGUGCUAAAUUAGAGUGGAGAGAACCUAUAGGGCAGUAGAUCUCCAGAAACAGGGUUGGGAAGCCCUGAUCUAGGCGCUUACAUGGACUGUACAUACAAAUGCGUCUGUGGAAUGAUUAUAUGGACAUCUGAGGAUCUUUUAAGGCAGUGUACUUACUCUGUUGAUCAACUUUGCAGUAGAGAGAGUGUUUCCUUAAUCCUUUAAAUUAUCUGCUCAGUAGGAAAUUAUCUCUCCCUAGAGUCACAUUUAACAGCGUAUCAGACAGGAACUCACUGACCCUAUUGAAACACCAGUAGAGAUGGUUGUGUGUGGGUGUGUGUGUGGGUGUGUGGGUGUUUGUAGGUUUUCAGUGAAGACGUUGAUCAACCGAUCCUGCUUGGAGACCAUAGACGACUCGUCUCCAGAGUUCACCAACUUUGUCUCCAUCCUGGAACAGAUACUGAGUCACAGACUCAAAGGUCUGACUACAUGGUUUGGUUAUGAGAGUCCUCGGAGUUUCUGGGACUAUGUGAAAGCAGCCUGUAGUAAGGUUCCUCACAGCUGCAUCCACAGCAUUGAGAGCAUGGAGAACGUGCGCUCCUCCAGAGCUAAGGGCCGGGCUUGGAUCCGCCUGGUGCUGAUGGAGAAAAGGCUCUCUGAGUACAUCUCUUCCGCCCUGAGGGACUUUAAAACCACCAGACGGUGCUAUGAGGAGGGGGCCCUCAUGUUAGGUGAGGAGGCUGACCUGCUAGCAGACACACUCCUGGGUCUCAACACCAUCGACUUCAGCUUCUGUCUAAAAGGGGAGGGUCUGGACGGAAGCUACCCAGCUGUGAUUGACUAUACGCCCUAUCUACAGUUCGUUCAGAGUGCGGACAGCAUCAGCAGUGACGAGGAGGAGUUAAGGACGCUGGGCAGCAGCGGCAGUGAGAAAAGCACCCCAGAAAACAUGGUGGCCAGCACGGCGGCAGCCAUCUUCACUGAGCAGAGCAGCUGGGUUAGCAAGUGUAAACGACUUGAGCAGAAAUACCGCUUGGCCCUGGAGCAGAAGAGUUAUCUUGAAGAGAUGGUUCGUCUGAGAGAGGCCCAGCUGUCUCACGCCGUGUCUCAGAAUGAGGCACUACAGCACAGACUAGCAGACACGCACCUUACACACACACUGGAGAAGGAACAACUGGAAUACGUCAUACUGGAGCUGCAGCACCAGCUAACGGUACUGAAGAACCAUGACCUGCAGUCCAGACAAGAACUGACCACACAUCUAACCAAUCAAUGGCCUUCACCCAGUGCCAUGGAUACCAAUGCCGUUGCCUUGGAUACCCUGCUGUACAGGAAGAGAGUGGGACAGUGGGAGGAAAAGAGUUUCCAGAGCCUGGAGCAGCUUUCUGCUGAUAUGAGCCUCUCUCAGACCUCCCUGGGGCCCCUCAACACACACAGUCUGGAGGCCCGACCUGCCAACUCCCACUGGCACCACCAUGGUAAGGAGGACACCCCCUCACUGAGAGGCCUGUGUGGGUCUCUGCAGUCUGUAGCGAGUUGUAAGUCUCUGGCCAGCCUGAAGUCCAGUGAGUGUUUGGCUAGCCCCACCAUAGAGAUGACAAGUCCUGGCCUCACUCCAUCCUAGAACUGGAGACUAGGGGACUUAGCCUACUGCCUGCAGCCAGGAAACCACUUGAUUUGGAUCCUGGAAUUGGAACCAAGUUUUGAAUAACAUUCCGCCCUACCACCUUUGGCCAGCCUAGGACCCUGCUGAUGUGAUUAUAGCACACAGAGUCUGGAUCCUGGAAUUCCAUUUAGAUCAACACUAAACAUAGAACAUAGAGCAUAGAACUCAAAAGAGGAGCCUGUUGUAACUACAGGGGUGUGCUAUUUGGUCAGUAUACCAUGGCUAAAGGCUGUUCUUAUGCACGAUACAACUCUGAGUGCCCAGACACAGUACUUAGUCCUGGUGUUUUGGCCAAGAACCACAAACACCAAAGGUUCCUUGUAAGUAUUAUCAGUUACCGAUGCAAUCAAUAAACAAAAUAUAUAUAUUUCUGUCUCAUAAACCACAACUUUAAGCCAAUCAAUAUUCAGGCUUCUGGUUUAUUAGGAAUUAAGGACCCCAAAUUAGCCUUUUUUUAUGUAUCUGCACUGAUAUGAAAAGAACCAGACAGUUGAAAGACAUUUCCGGUUGUCAUCUACCAUUUUGCCGUUAUCUAUCCAAUAAGUUCAAAUCAUUGCAGACCAAGAAAAAGAUAUCAGAACCACACUUUACACACUGAAUGCAGCCUUUCAAUAGUCACUAAAGCGGAAGUAUUUCCACCCUGCCAGUCGGGGGAGUGCUUUAUCACAAGAGAUGUAUCUAAACACAGACCCUGUAUGCAAGCUUCAACCACAAAUGGUGUAUUUUUUUAUAAGUUAUUGGUUCCAGAAUAUCUUUAUCUGACCUCUUCUCACAGUGUUCAGUAUCAGAUUUAGCAGAUUGAUAAAACUUGAGGAAUUGCCUUAAGACUGGUUUUAGAUUGUUAAGGGCAGAAGGUGUGUUUCUCUGAGCUGGUCAAAACCUGUAGCCUUCUAUUUGUGCCUGAUCAUCCUGCAGCUGUUCCUGUCCUGUUACCCUGGCAACUCCACUGAGCGCUAUGAUAUGGCCAUAGCAGGUCAGCGACCAUAGAAAUACCUUUCAUAGAAUGGACUUAUUAAAGUAUAUUGUAUUCCCACCAGAGAUAUUGACUAUCCCAAUUGUCUCAUUCUAUCACGGCAUAGAGCAUUCACUCAAUCAUCUGUCCAUGUUGGAUGGGCCUCGAAAUAUCUAGAGAACUCGGCUUCUGUCUUCUAAUUAAACUGUCAUCCUCUGUAGUGCUUUAUUUGUAGCCCAUGUUAUUGAUGACAUUGAAUGUAUCUCACACACAAUCCAUCUAAAUCAUACUGUGUUCUAUGUUGAAUGGUUUCAUUACGUAUCAUAGCGUGUUGAUUGUGCUCUCAGGAAACGUUUGCUGUCCUACAGGUGUCAGUGAGUUUGGAUAGGUUGAACAUGCUAAGUCUUUAUUCAAUUAAACUCAUUAGGUUCAACACACGUUAGUCUAUAUUAAAUGAGAAUGUUGUUUCUCUGACAGCUUUGUGGUUUAUUUUGAUCAGAGCCACGUGAGGAAUGUUCUGGGUCUAUGCACGUGCGCUCUACUUUCUUGUGAUUUUGCACAUUACAUGACUACAUUUGUCCUUUGAAAUUAACUUAAUAUAUGUAAGGUCUUUCGGAAUGUAUUUAUUUGCACAGCAUUGUAUUCAGUAUUAAUCUGUAUGAAGUAGUUUAAUAUGUAUCACAACCAUGUACACAUCUCCAUGUCCUUUUCCUGCCACAACCAUUGUGUCUGUCCAAAAUAAAGUCCA